GACAAAGCUUUCAGUUAUUGAAAUUGGUGACUGAGACUCCGUCAAUAAAUGGUUUGAUGCAAAUUUAUUCAUCACAAUGAUUACGUUGUGUUAACAGGAUUAGUUUUAAAUUUCGGAUUUUAUCCCGAUGAGAAUUCGCCACUUUUAAGCGUACGGUGUGUUAUAUUCCGAAAAGUGCCGCAGUUUACCAAAAGAGUGACAUUUGUGUUCUAUCAAUUCUAGAUACUUGAAAGAGUGUAAAUCGUAGGAAAUGACUAUCAAUUAUAUUAAUUCUUGUGCAAUUUAUCGUUAACAUGUUUCCCAUAUAAUUAAUAGAUAGCUGCAAAUAUUGUAGUUUUAUUAUUAUCGCAGUGUGUACUUUUUCCGACUCUCUUUUGGUGUCCAUUCAUAAAUUUUAUGUUCACCGUUCUAUAAUUAAAUAUAAAGAGUGUUGAAGCAAACUUGAUUUCUCUAGAAGUAUGGUAUUUUCCCGUCAAUGAGGUUCAGGCUUUAUUAUUGUGCCGUAUGAUAAGAUUAUUUGAUAUUCUUGGGGGUUGUCUUCACGAUAAAAUCGAUAUAUUUUAGAUUUGUCUACUGAUGUAGAUGUUCCGGUAUUUCGGUUGGGAGUGACUGUCUCUGGUGAUAUUUUUAUUUAUAAAGUGUUCUACAGUUUAUUUAUGACCUUAAUAGAGACUCGAUUUUUAAAAAAGAAACGUUCUUUGUACCCAAAAUUGAUGCGUACAUAUAUAUGUUCGAUAUAUAGUUAGAGUAAAUCGAGUUUAAAGAUCCGAAACUUCGCAAACUCUGAGGCAAAAUUUCUUUAAAAUGGAACGCGUUUGGCGCAAAGUUAACCAAGGUUUAUCAAGUAAAUCCAAGGCGACUGCAGGACUAACCCAAUCUACUGACACAGUCAGUUCUGCCGGCUUCGGAGAAAUGCAAAACGUUGCUGCUGUGGUUGGAGGAGGCUCUACUGUGAUGAUGGGUACUAGUACCCCGACUGGAAGGCGAUUGGCUGCUAGUGGUCAGAAAUCGAUUCAAGUUCAAACAAUUUCCUUUAGUCAACAUGUUACAACAACGGCAUCGUCAGAGCGCCGCAGAAAAAGACGACGAAAAAGCCGUCCUCGUCGAAGCCGAGAGAGAAACGGUAAUCAAUCCCAAAACAGCGCAUCACGAACAACAUCACAGUUGAUAGAACCUGAACAUGCCGGGAAAAUGUCUAUAGGAAGGACAGGUGAAAGCUUCAUGCCCCCUUUACCGCCAUUGCCGACUGCAACAGCCGGGGCAUCUGGAGUGUCUAGCGAUCCAUCGCUAAGACAACGCGCGGUAGCUAAACUGCGCUUAUUCAAUUUUCAUUUGAAUUGGGAUCUACACAUGACCCAAUGUAAGCCAUGUGGACCACGGUCAAGUGGGAACAUUCUCACAAGGCGGUUGUGUCGCAAUCGGCGACGAGAUGACAACGAACUCUAUCGUUCAAACAGUUUCAAAUUUGAGAGGUUUGACCGAAGAGAUGGUAACGAUAGCGUAGAGACUCUGAAAAAGCAAAUAUCCGUCUGUGAUGACUACAGCCUGCCUAUCGAUUUCGUGAAGAAACGACCGUCCAGCUUUGAUCCAUGUUUGGCAGACAAUCUUCCUGAUAACUGGGCUGCUCCAAGUCCUCUUUCGGAUCAUGUGUCAUUUUUAGAUCCGCCAACUAUUAUAACACAUCCUCCCCAGCCUAUUAAAAUUAUUGAAGGAUAUUCAGACCCCAAAGAUUCACGAAAACUAUUCAGACACGUUCAUCGGAAAAGUAGACAGGAUAAGCGAAGCAACUAUAGUUCAGAUUCAUCUAUACCCAAAUCGUCGGCAGAGGAUGACAAUUUAUCUAUGAAAAUUCCUGAACUUAACUCACCAGAUAGCAUUUCAGAGGAUUUGGUACGACCGCUACAUCCACAUAAAAGCCCAAAAAGAGUGCCAGUAUCAGAUAUAUCUAAACGUAAUCCAUCGCCGUAUUAUUACUCGGAUCUUUUAAAGGCCAAAGAAGAGAACAAAAUAGAUAGCUUUGGUCCGAGGCAGUCAACCGCUUCUGAACCUCCACAAUCAACAUCAAGUAACUUGAAUCUUGGAGCAUAUAAGAAAAGUAUUAGUUUGGAUGUGCCGGAAAUAGAGCGUGAAGUUCCAACACCUAAAAGAUACUCAAUUACGGAAGAUGGUGUGCGCAUAAUUCGAUGUAAUUCGCCAUCAACUACAACUUCAGAAGACUCUGACUGCAGCGAAUGUCAAAAACGACGUGAAUGGCAUGCAAAAGCGCUGGCAUUAGUUAGGGAAACGUGCCCUAUCUCAGUAGAAAAAUCGGAACAGAAUCAAAGUGCAACAUCUACAGUUGAUAAUAGUAUAAAUUCGCAAAUAGAUCCUUCGAUGCCACCUCAUAGACUUUUAGGGCCAGCUGUUUGUGCAUGUACUGCACCAGCCAUCGGAGAUGAUGUCGAUGAAUUUUUCAGACCACGUAGUAUAUUCUAUGUACAUCAGAAAGGAGUGCAUGAAUGUGCUGACUGUGCAGUGAAUAUAGGGAGUGGCAAGUCCACAAAUACAGAUCUUCCGGAAGACGAAAUGUCGGGUGGGAGAAUACGCCAAAUAUACGAGACUGCAUUCGAUUGUAAAAUUGCACGUUCAGAUGAUGAUCUUGACGAUGUCGAUCGUUUGACAAAUCAUUCUGUUAUGCUACAAGCAGAUAAUGGGAAUGGGGCUGAAAAAUCAAGCAAUCUUGAUAGAUCAAAAUCAAAUAAGACACGAUUAGAAAUGAAACGUAUGAAAACUAGUAAAAGUCAAGUGGCGCAGGAAAAUAUCAGCACUUUAACAAGCCUAUCGCAGAAUUUAGAAAGAGUUCAAAUCGACGACAGUAUUGACAACAUGAAUAAUGCUAAUGCACCCACAUCUUCACAAACUCCGGUUCAUAUGUACACACCAUCUCCACCAUCCACCGCUCCUUUACCAGUUAAAUUUCCCGGGAAACAUGAUAGAGAUCGGUUCUUCAUGAAUAGUAUAAGAAGUGCGCCAAAUCUUCCUGCAUCAAAUCCCUCCCAUUUGCGAUUUAAAGACUUACGUCUUCCAAUUGAGCCAAUUCGACAUAAACAUGACACACCAAUAGGAAGUGAUGGCAGCAUCAUAGGUGCAUCGCAUGAUCCGCCAACCCGAAGUAGUCAUAAUCGUCCGCGUUCAGUAGUUCUGGAAUCGGGACGGGUGCUAGAACUCAGGAAGUCUCAUCAUAGUCGCCACCGACGUGGCAGGAACUACUCUUCGACGGAGAGUAUGGCUACUUCGAGUAGCGGGGGAAGUAUGGAAUCAAUUAAAUCGAGCACAAGUGAAGGCAAUCGCAGUACAACGAGUUCAGAGUCGAGGCAAUCAACAUCACUCAGUUCCCAUAGUUCAGAUUCGGGUCAUAAUGUCUCCUUGCCGCUUCGUGCACCGGUUGUGCUUCAUUCGAAGCUUCAUAUUUUGAGUCCAAUAUCAGAUAAAUCGUCACAGGAACCGGCUUCCGAAACAUCUGAAGUAAAUCAAAGCAGGCAUAAUAGUUCACAGAAACCCCUUCCUUCCAAUGAUGAUAUAAAUUCCGGAGAUCCAAGCCGUCCAGAUGAAGAUAAACCAACAAUUGAUAAUAAUUUUAAGCAGCAAAAACGAAAAACUUUUCCAAAUAAAACUCUAAUGCACUUGACGGAGGAGAUAAUUGGUUCAGACAGUGGAAUAUCAUUACACUCCCGAGAAGAUGGCAAGUCUACCCAAAGUGCUUUACAUAAAUUUACAACGCCAAUAUUGAACAUUCCUGUGGAGAAAAUGGUUAUGAAUUCACAGACUAGCAGCGGAUUACCUCAAGACUUGCACGAUCUUCCUUUCGACAUGCCAAAGCUACGUCGUCGGAAAUUUUUUUUGCAGCAGGAUAAUUGCACGUCGGGCAGUGCGACGUCUGUUGAUUUAGGAGACCUUCCAUUUGAUAUGCCAAAGCUUAGAAGAAGAUUACGAAUGAAUCAACCACAAGUGACAAAUUUGAUUGCCCACAGUACAGAAUCAAGUGGAAUUUCUCAAGCAUCUUCAAGCCACUCUGUGCGGGAUGAUCAGAAACAUCUUGGCUUAGAUACAGUGAUCUUCCGCCAAAAUUUGACGUUAAAUUUGAACGAAACUAAACCGGUAAAUAAAUUUGGAAGCUUGGAUCUCAAAGGUGCUGGAACAAGAGGGUUGAACCUUAAUAUAGGAAGUUCUGUAUUUUCUGCGGUUGUUGAUUUGAUUGAUGUCACAGUUCCAUUAGAGAGACAAGGCUGGUAUCAUGGAGCAAUUACUCGUGUUGAAGCUGAAAAUACUCUCAGGCCAUUGGGCGAAGGUAGCUUUUUGGUUAGGAACUGUGAGUCAACGAAGCAGGAUUAUUCAUUGUCCUUGAAGAGCGCGAAAGGUUUCAUGCAUAUGCGGAUACAGCGCAAUGAAACUGGAUUAUAUAUAUUGGGUCAAUUCAGUAGACCCUUUGAAUCGAUACCUGAAAUGAUUCGACAUUUCUGCUUGAAUAGGCUUCCAGUGCGAGGUGCAGAACAUAUGUGUCUCUUAGAUCCUGUUAUAGCCCAGCUACUUUAGAAAUUUGAAACCUUACGUUGCAAGAUAAAGUAUAGCAGUAUUCACAAACUAAUAGAUACAACCAUUAGGAACUCGAACCUUUAUCGGAUUACAUGAUGCGAAAGUGUGGAAAACUUCUCCUUACUGAAUUUCAUCUUUAGGUUGUCAUUUAUUUCUUACAUAUACUAGGUUAGUGAAGGGAGUUCUAUAGUAUAUAGCUGUGAUGUUCCGAUAUAUCAUAUUCUUUUAAAGCAAACUUAAUACACAGGAAAAUGAUAAACAAUGUUUAAAGUAAGUUAAUAGCUAACGAUCAUUAAAAUUCUUCCACUCGUAGACUCUGAUCAUUGCAUUAUUUGUUAACCAUAAUGUAUUCUUCUCCCUUUUAUAAAGUUUGGAUUGGUUUAUAUCUCUAAUGAACAUUUUCAUUUAAGUAAAAUGUAUUCUUAUCACCAACAGUAAUUUAGAUGCCGCCUGAAAUAUUUUGAAAUAUUUUCUGCUAAACGGUUUUGUUUAGGCAAAAUUUCUUUUAAGUUUUAAAGCCAAAAGUCUAUAUUAGUAUCAUUUCUUGAGUGAAAACUGUAAAUGGAGAAUCAGGACCGGAAGGCAUUAAUGAAAUGUAUGAUUUCCGGAAUUUCAUCUAUCCCAGAUUUUAUACAAACUCUGCAAAAACUGUAAUAAUAGACAAUACUUCCAUUAAAAUACGUUAUUAUAAUAGCCAUAACUACCAAUAAAUGCGAAACGCUUUCAAAGCACUCUAAGAGGAUUCUGUUUUAUAGUUUUCAGUAGUCGACUAGGACGUAGUAUAAGACUCAAAAAAUGUUAAAUUAUUACGAUAGUGGUAAAAGCUGUAUUAUCCGAAAGAAACCAUGUGAGAAUUUAGAAUGUUAGAGGCCACAAGUGAUAAUUUUUCUAUGUAGGGUAAUCACAAACGAUUUUUAGUGCAAUAAUCAAUAUAUCUUUACAUGUGAAAUUAAUCUGUUAAUUUUACUCACAUUAUUAAGUAAAGAUAACUUCAAACUGUAACAUUUAAGGACGAUUCACUUAAUAAUAUAGAUUGGCCCUAUGGCAAGUAUACCAACCAAUACGAUUUUUAAGAAACAAGACCGAGUUACUCCAGAUCAACUUUUUUUCCUGUCGAUAAUAUGUGCAAGCGACAACUUCAAUGCUGAGAAGUAAACUUUAAGUUUGUUGCAAGUAGCGGUAUCUAUGCGCACAAUAUUAUAUUACACGUUCUUAAUUAGCAAGUAUGCAGGUAAUAUUCAAUUCAGAAUAAUCCAAAUUACGAAUUAUCAACAUUUUAUUCUAUAUAUACUUUUGCUCCAUUGACAUUCUGUUCAUGAAUUUGAUCAACAUGUGUUGUUCUUCAGCAGCGAGUAAUAAUUGUAUGAAUAAAUUGUUACAAAACCACAUGAUAGCGUAGGUUUCAUGUAAAUAAGAACAUUUUUAUUUUGGAUACACUAGAAUACCAGGUGAUGUAGCAACAAGGAAUCCAAAUCGUGUUUAAGGCCAUACAUCUAGUUACAAAUACUUUGUCACAUAUAAUAUGUGAAAAUAUCCAAGAAAAUAAUUCCUACUUGUUAGUAUACCAAAUAUAGGAAAAUACAAACCAUCGCAUAAAGUGUAAAAUAACAGAAAGUAAUAAAGCAGUAUACAAGGCAA